AAUGUGGAACUUGAUCUUAAACCCUGACUGACAGUUUGACCUCAUGCUCGGAUCCGCGUUUACAACAUCUGUGGCAUGCGCAGACAAUUACAGCAAGACACCUUCGCUAAAAUUGUUUUUUAUUGUUUCCAAAUCUGGCGCUUCAGAUGCCAUUUCUCAUGACUUUUUGCGCUGGCGUUACGCGCAUUUGUGCCACCUGGUCCACACGCGGAUACCUCUUCAGAUUCUUUUAUGAGGACAUUAUCUUCAGCUCUCUUUGUGGCGGAUAACAGCAUGUUGAUGCGCUUUGUGAUUUAAUCUGUGAGCACUGCCGGUGCGCGCCAGGCGUAAGGGGGCAGCUCCGUGUACAACGGGUGAAACGAAGCUCUUGCUCUCCUGGACUCUCCUUUGUCCCUGUUAACAAACAGAGGAACAAUGUUGUGGGACAAACUGUGCUGGUUGCUGGCCCUACUAGCUUUAUCAUCUGGGGGGCUGCCCCCUCCCAGCGAGCCCUUGUCUGCUCCCAGAAUUUUCCUGUCCUUCAAAGAGCUGAAGUCUACCGGCACUGCUCACCACUUCUCCUUUUUGCUGAAUUCAACCGACUAUCGGAUCCUUCGCAUGGACGAGGACCAUGACCGCAUGUAUGUGGGCAGCAAAGAUUAUAUACUCUCUCUGGAUCUACAUGACAUCAACAAGGAGCCUCUCAUAAUCCACUGGCCUGUUGCCCCCCAAAGGAAGACUGAAUGUGUUUUGUCAGGGAAAGACAUCAAUGGGGAAUGUGGUAACUUCAUCCGUCUGAUUGAGCCCUGGAACCGGACCCACCUGUAUGUGUGUGGGACAGGCGCCUACAACCCCAUCUGCACCUAUGUCGACCGAGGACGCAGGUCACAGGGGUUCCACUACCAACAGGCAUCCCAAUCUGGAGGGAGAACAAGUCGAGCAGCAGACUACAGCGCUACAUCACAGCCUUUGGAGGCGAAGGAAUACAUUUUCCGCCUUGAACCUGGUAAAGUGGAUUCUGGGAAAGGAAAAUGUCCCUAUGACCCUAAGCUGAACAGCGUCUCGGCUUUGAUCAAUGGAGAGCUGUAUGCAGGAGUGUACAUUGAUUUCAUGGGAACAGACUCGGCGAUCUUCCGUACACUGGGGAAGCAGACAGCCAUGAGGACUGAUCAGUACAACUCCAGAUGGUUGAAUGAUCCCACAUUUGUUCAUGCACACCUCAUUCCAGACAGUGCUGAAAAGAAUGACGAUAAACUCUACUUCUUCUUCCGCGAGAAAGCAUCUGAGAUGGGCCAGAGUCCCAUGACGCAGUCCAGGAUAGGGCGGAUCUGCCUGAACGAUGAUGGUGGACACUGCUGUCUGGUGAACAAGUGGAGCACAUUUCUAAAGGCUCGUCUCAUCUGCUCAGUGCCCGGAGCUGAUGGCAUUGAGACACACUUUGAUGAACUAAGAGACGUGUAUAUCCAGCCAACUCAAGACACAAAGAAUCCUGUCAUCUAUGGCGUCUUCUCAGUUUCAGGAUCUGUGUUUAAAGGCUCGGCAGUGUGUGUGUACUCUAUGGCUGACAUCCGUAUGGUCUUUAAUGGGCCAUUUGCCCACAAGGAAGGCCCUAACUAUCAGUGGGUGCCAUACACUGGGAAAAUCCCCUACCCUCGACCUGGCACUUGUCCUGGAGGCACUUUUACCCCCAACCUGAAAUCCACAAAGGAUUACCCAGAUGAGGUUAUCAACUUCAUGAGAAACCACCCCACUAUGUACAACGCUGUAUACCCAGUGCACAAGCGCCCCCUGGUGGUCAGAACCAACGUGGACUACGAGUUCACCACAAUUGCCGUCGACCAAGUGACAGCUGCCGAUGGGAGCUAUGAGGUGCUAUUCUUGGGCACAGAUCGAGGUACAGUCCAGAAAGUGAUUGUCCUGCCAAGAGAUGACUUGCAGACCGAGGAGCUGGUGUUAGAGGAAGUGGAGGUGUUCAAGGUUCCCACUCCAAUCACUACUAUGAAGAUUUCAUCAAAAAGGCAACAGUUGUAUGUCGGAUCAGUCCUGGGUGUGACCCACUUGGCUCUCCAUCGAUGCGAUGUGUACGGGGAGGUCUGUGCUGACUGCUGUCUCGCCAGAGACCCGUACUGUGCUUGGGAUGGCAAAUCCUGCUCCAGAUAUUCUGCCUCACAGAAGAGGCGGAGUCGUCGGCAAGAUGUGAAGUAUGGAAAUCCUAUCCGCCAGUGCAGAGGUUAUAGCACCAAUAAGAACCCUCUGGAGACAGUUCAGUACGGGGUGGAAGGAAGCACUACAUUCUUGGAGUGCCAGGCCAGGUCUCCUCAUAUGUCUCUCAAGUGGCAUGUGCAGAAGGAAAACAGUGACCGGAGGAAAGAGAUUCGCUCAGAGGGUCGCAUGCUGAAAACAGAUCAAGGACUUCUGAUCCGCUCUCUACAGUCCUCUGACGGCGGCAUCUACCAGUGUACGUCCACAGAGAAAAACUUCAAGCACACUCUUGUGAAAUUGCAACUGGUGGUCCUUUCUAGUCGCACAGUCAACAACAUUUUGGUGGAGACAGGCAGCCCGGCUCUUCCUCCGCUUCAGUCCAGUGCCUGGACUCCAAGUGCCAGUCAGUAUAAGGACCUGCUAACCAUCCUCAGCCAACCAGAGAUGGGGCUGAUCAACCAGUACUGCCAGGAUUACUGGCAACUGGGAGACAGCAGCUUCGGGAACAACAAAGGCAAAAGCCUGAAAGAGCUGAAAGAACAGAAGAAACCUCGUAACCGCCGGCAUCAUGAAGAGCAGACAACUCCAGCUGAGACAUGAGAAGCUUGAUGUACAUCGUAUUCAAACAACCCCCUGUCUACCUUUACACACAACCUCCUAAACAUUGCAACCCUCCAUUUAGGGGAAUGACUCCAGUCAGAUAGAAAAAUCAAAUUAUCAUCAAAGGCAAGACAGAAACUGCAGAAACACAACGCAACAGCAUCAAACAGUUUCUAUGUAACUGUCGGGGAUCGGGGGGAGGGGGAAAUACACAAUAUUUAUUGUAGGUUGUAAAAAGUAAUUAUUUGUACCUAUCUAGCAACCCUGUUUUUUGUGAAUAGAUCAAUCUGUGCAAAUAUUGUGGUUAUUAUAUUAUUAUUAUUAGUGUUAUUGUUUAUUAAGAUGUGUUAUUUUGUUGAAAAUAUCUUUAUGUUUGGUGUUUUUAAGAAACAGCGACACUAAACCCAGACAUUGGGAGUAUCCAUACAUGGACAAGAACUGAUGGACAUGUAUUCAGAAACUGCUAAGUGAAGACCAUGUUGGAUCCUUUGACUGCUGGCAGUAUUCAGUGUCUAAGCUGAAGAGGAGUCGGGAUGUCCGCGAACGUCUCGUAACUCUCUGAACUUCUUCACCAGAUCUAUGUACUGUAUAUUGGACAGUUUGUUUGUUUUGUUUUUUUACUGCGAAGUACAAGCUGUUGACAGAAAAAACAAUGAAAAUGGCAUUUCACAGGACAUGCACGGAUAAUGGAAAUGCCCAGAGACUACAGCUGUGACGUCACGGUCGUACAGUUAUAUGUGAAUGAAGAGCCGUCUGUGGCAGGUAGAACGUCUUUCCUUUCACAAUGUGGUCCAGUCGGGCCUCAAGUAGAGCUGUUACUCAUCUUCUUCCAGAAUCGGUUGCUGCCAAGUGUUUGUUUUGUUUAUAUGUGAAUAUCACAUCUCAGUGUCGUAUCCUUAACGUGAUCUGUGUGAUAAGCUGUUUUCUUUUGGGGGGGGGAGGGUCUUUUAAUGACACAAAAGCUGAUAACAUAACAUUGCCUUCUCUUUUCUCUCUUUGGGAAAAGAUAUUCCAGCAGGCAGCUAUGUGUGAGUUUGUAACAGUUUGUGAUUAUAAAAUGAACAAAGCACCUUCUGUUGUCGAAUUGGUCAUUUCAAAAAUAUUAAAUACUUCCCCAAUAUCUGUGGCAUUUUACAAAGUGUGUUCAUAUAAGGCAAAGCAUUCAGUUUGUAGGCUUAACAAUUUCUUUUUAGAUCUCUUAAUCCAUUCCUGACAUUUCUAUGCUAAAUAUCAGUUCUCAACAGGGGGAAUAUGUAAAAAUGUAAUCAGUCUACAAAAACUGGGCUGAUGUUCAGAGCUUUGGAGAGUAAUGUUUCUGAUUAGGGAUGUGCUUAAUGUAUCAACUACUUACCAACCAAUGUGUUUGCCAGUACAGUUCCACCACAGACGUCAUAUAAAAGCAUGGAAGUGAUUAAAUUCUACAAGGUGUCACAAAUACAAACACUAGCAAAGCUGAUUGCCACCAAACCUGAAGAGAAGUCUUUCCCAAAAUCUUUAGAAGGUGGCUUUUCAUUGUGCAUGACAUGUACAGUGUAUGUAUGUGGUAUUUGUCUAAAAUUCUACAUUGCCGUGGAUGUCAGUGAAUGUCUUUCUUGUUGUGGGAAUAUGGAAAUGCUAUGGAUGUGGUCACACCUUUUUAUGGUGGGAAAGGCUUGAAGGCAAGAUUGUGAUUUUUAUUCUCUCUCUCUCUCUCUCUCUCUCUCUCUCUCUCUCUCUCUCUCUUCUCUUUUGCUCUCAAAAAAAUCAGAAAAGCAAAUGAUUUGCAGACGUUGAGGUAAAGUUAUGUAUGCACAGUUGGUGUUAUUGUAACGACUUGUAAAAAAAUUAUUACCUUUUCUUCCUUAUCAUUGUUGCUGACUAAUAAAUUAAAG